AGACUUGGUCCUCACGAACAUGUGGUCUCCCAAAUUCGGUGUAUUUAAUUACUAAUUAUCGUUUAAAAAAGUAAAACAAGAACCUUCCUCCUCCCCUUUAAAUCGAGAGGGAACUGAGAAGAGAAGCCAAACAAGCAGUGAUCACAAAUUAGUUAGAACUUGAAGAAAGUUGAGAUGAAGAAGGUUUCGUCUUUGUCGGGGCUGGGGCUGGGGGAGGACGUCUCCCGGGCCUUCUUCCUGCCGAUCCAGCAGGCGCCGCCGCCGUCCCCGUCGAAGCGCCGCACCAAGAUCUCCGUCGUCGGUGUCGGCAACGUCGGCAUGGCCAUCGCCCAGACUAUCCUCACCCAGGACCUCGCCGACGUGCUCGCCCUCGUCGACGCCAAGCCUGACAUGCUUCGCGGCGAGAUGCUCGACCUCCAGCACGCCGCCGCCUUCCUCCCCCGCACCAAGAUCCUCGCCUCCACGGACUACGCCGUCACCGCCGCAUCCGACCUCUGCAUCAUCACCGCCGGUGCCCGCCAGCUCCCCGGCGAGUCCCGCCUCGCUCUCUUGCAGCGGAACCUCGCCAUUUUCCGGGACAUCGUGGUGCCGCUCGCCCGGCACUCGCCCGACGCGCUCCUCCUCGUGGUGUCGAACCCGGUCGACGUCUUGACCUACAUCGCCUGGAAGCUCUCCGGCUUUCCGCCCAACCGGGUUAUCGGAUCGGGGACGAAUCUGGAUACCUCCCGGUUUCGGUCCCUCCUCGCCGAUCACCUCGAAGUCAACGCCCAGGAUGUCCAGGCAUACAUGGUGGGAGAGCAUGGGGAUAGCUCGGUGGCACUAUGGUCGAGCAUAAGCGUGGGAGGUGUCCCAGUCCUGAGCUCCUUAGAGAAGCACCAAAUUUCCUACGAGGAAGAAGUGCUGGAACGCAUCCGGAAGGCAGUGGUGGAGAGCGCCUACGAGGUGAUCCGCCUCAAGGGAUACACCUCUUGGGCCAUCGGCUACUCCGUUGCCAGCCUCGCCCGAUCCCUUCUCCGCGACCAGCACAGUAUCCAUCCUGUCUCCCUCCUUGCCAAGGGCUUCUACGGCAUCCCCGACGACCGCGAGGUCUUCCUCAGCCUCCCCGCCCGCCUUGGCCGCGGCGGCGUGCUUAGUGUCGCUAAGGUCCACCUCACUGAGGAGGAGUCUCUCCGUCUCACGAGGUCCGCUGAUACCCUGUGGGAGAUACAGCAGCAGCUUGGCAUUUGAGAUGGAGCUUCGACUCAUUCCCAGGCUUCAUCUAUUUGUGUGGAAUUUUGCUAUGUAACUCUUUGCUUCUCUCUUUUUUUUUUUUGAAGUACUGAUAUUCUGUUUUCCCCCCUUAAUGUAAUUUCCAUGUCUCGCAUCACGUCAUGAUAUAAUAUAAAAGUUGGCCUUUUGAAUAA